UGGAUUUUUGAUUUUUGAAAAAGCCGCAUAACAAAUUAACAUUGCCAAUGUCGCGCGUAUGAAAAGCGUAGCGCGGCACAUAAGCAUAAUCUAACUGAUUAUUUUUUGCCCCCAAGCCGGAUAGAUGGAUGCAUGAUAAGCAAUUGUGACAUCAAAACUUGCGCUACUGUCAUCACUUACACACAUACGCACGCAAUCGUAAACAUUUCUUUGCAGAACCAAUAUCGAACACGUCAGCUACGCGGAUGCCGAUUGUUGUUUGACAAACAAUUUGUUUUGAUCAAUCCAAUUCAAUAAAUUGAGUGCACCAACUACGCACUUUCACCAAAAAAUUUGCAAGUAUUCACUAGUCAACAAACCAACAAACGCUGCAAUAAAAUGGUACUCAUUGCCGCAUCAGUCUGCACAAAGAAUGGCAAAGUUAUAUUGUCACGUCAGUACGUUGAGAUGACGAAGGCGCGCAUCGAGGGUCUGCUGGCAGCAUUCCCCAAACUGAUGACCGCCGGCAAGCAGCACACGUAUGUGGAAACAGACUCGGUGCGCUACGUCUACCAGCCGAUGGAAAAGCUCUACAUGCUACUGAUAACCACAAAGGCCAGCAACAUACUGGAGGAUUUGGAGACGCUAAGGCUCUUCUCUAAAGUGAUUCCCGAGUACUGUCAUUCGUUAGACGAAAAGGAGAUUGUGGAGAAUGCAUUUAAUCUGAUAUUCGCCUUUGAUGAGAUCGUUGCGCUUGGCUACAGGGAGAGCGUGAAUCUGGCGCAGAUCAAGACAUUUGUGGAGAUGGACUCGCACGAGGAGAAAGUGUAUCAAGCGGUGCGUCUGACCCAAGAGCGCGAGGCACGCCAAAAGAUGCGCGAGAAGGCCAAGGAACUGCAGCGUCAACGCAUGGAGGCCAACAAACGUGGUGGUCCCUCGAUGGGUUCGCUGAGCGAUCGCAGCGGUGGCUUCAGCACCGAUUCUGGCUUUGGCAGCAGCAGCGGCAGCUCCAUUGGCAGUGGUGGCAACUCAUCAUUUGUGCAGUCGGAGGCGAAGAUUGUGACAGUCAAGGCGGCCCAGAAGCCCGUCUCCCGCAAUGCUCUCAAGUUGGGUGGCAAGUCCAAGGAUGUGGACAGUUUUGUGGAUCAGCUGAAAAGCGAGGGCGAGAAGAUUUCCACUCUGGUACCAGCGGCUGCACCUGGCAGCUCCGGCGCAGCGGCCAAUGCCAGUGCAGCGGCAAAAGCGAAAAUCUCAGCGGAUAUUCAUACAGAAAGUGUGCAUCUCAAAAUGGAGGAUAAGCUGGUGGUGCGUCUGGGACGUGAUGGUGGCGUUCAGCAGUUUGAGCUAACUGGCUUGCUAACGCUGCGCAUUACCGAUGAGAAUCUGGGACGUAUCAAGGUGAAGCUGGCCAAUAACGAUGCACAAGGCAUACAGCUGCAGACACAUCCAAAUGUUGACAAGGAACUGUUCAAAUCGCGCGCCAUGAUCGGACUCAAGAAUCCAGCCAAGCCGUUUCCCCUCAACACCGAUGUGGGUGUGCUCAAGUGGCGUUUCAUAACGCAGGACGAAUCGGCCAUACCAUUAACCAUUAACUGCUGGCCUUCAGACAAUGGAGAAGGCGGUUGCGAUGUCAACAUUGAAUACGAACUGGAGACGCAGCAUCUGGAGUUGCAGGAUGUCGUCAUUGUUAUACCAUUGCCCCUGAACGUGCAACCUUCAGUGGCCGAAUUCGAUGGCACCUACAAAUAUGAUGCACGGAAACAUGUGCUGCAGUGGCAGAUACCCGUUAUUGAUGCGGCCAAUAAGUCCGGCUCGAUGGAGUUUAGCUGCAGUGCCUCCAUACCGGGCGACUUCUUUCCUUUGCAAGUUUCGUUCGUCUCGAAGACGCCGUAUGCGGCUAUUAGCGCGCUAGAUGUUGUACACGUGGAUAACGAUGAGUCUGUCAAGUAUUCGAGCGAAACGAUGCUCUUUGUGGAGAAAUACGAGAUCGUUUAAUGCCACACAACACACAUACGUAGAUACACUAUCUGUUGGCAGUAAUAUAUUAGUAUAUAUAGUUUCAAUACAUACUUUAUUUUUUUUUUGCAGCAAUUCUUUCGCAUUAUGUACGAUUAUAUAUAUAUAUAUGUUAAAGCUAUGUUUAUAAUACUUAUCUAUUCACCUACAUACAUAUAUAUAUGUUUUGAAAGGGCGUAUGUGUACGCAUUCAAGCCGAUGAAGCGCUUCUGAAGUCGCCACCAUGGUCAACAGUUAUUCCACACAACUAUCAUAGAGCAUAAAACAUUCAAUAAAAUACAAUAAAUAUUUUAUUAAUUGCA